CACUUCCUGCCCCAUCCCGGGCCUUUCCAGGUUCCCUCUCCGGUGAACCGGAUGCUCUGUCAGUUUCCUCCUCCGCGUCCUCGGCGGCCCUCGCUUCCCUGGCGAAGCCGCAGGCGCCCACGAGGGCACAGGCCGGGGGCACCCGGCGGCUGGCCUGGCAGGAGUAGGACGCCGGGAGGAGCUGGGCGCGCACGGUUACCGAGCGUGGAGGAGACACUGCCCUGCGGCGAUGGGUGCCAGGGGCGCUCCUUCACGCCGGAGGCUGGCGGGGCGGCGGCUGCGAUACCUGCCCACCGGGAGCUUUCCCUUUCUCCUCCUCCUGCUGCUGCUCUGCAUCCAGCUCGGGGGAGGACAGAAGAAAAAAGAGAAUCUUUUAGCUGAAAAAGUAGAACAGCUGAUGGAAUGGAGUUCCAGGCGCUCAAUCUUCCGAAUGAAUGGCGAUAAAUUCCGAAAAUUUAUAAAGGCACCACCUCGAAACUAUUCUAUGAUCGUUAUGUUCACUGCUCUUCAGCCUCAACGACAAUGUUCUGUGUGCAGGCAAGCUAAUGAAGAAUAUCAAAUACUGGCUAACUCCUGGCGCUAUUCGUCUGCUUUCUGUAACAAACUCUUCUUCAGUAUGGUGGACUAUGAUGAGGGGACAGAUGUUUUUCAACAGCUCAACAUGAACUCUGCUCCCACGUUCAUGCAUUUUCCUCCAAAAGGGAGACCCAAGAGAGCUGAUACUUUUGACCUUCAAAGAAUUGGAUUUGCAGCUGAACAACUAGCAAAGUGGAUUGCUGACAGAACGGAUGUUCAUAUUCGAGUCUUUCGACCACCCAACUACUCCGGCACCAUUGCUUUGGCCCUGUUAGUGUCACUUGUUGGCGGUUUGCUCUAUUUAAGAAGAAACAACUUGGAAUUCAUCUAUAACAAGACUGGUUGGGCCAUGGUGUCUCUGUGUAUAGUCUUUGCUAUGACUUCUGGCCAGAUGUGGAAUCAUAUCCGUGGACCUCCAUAUGCUCAUAAGAACCCACACAAUGGACAAGUGAGCUACAUUCAUGGAAGCAGCCAGGCUCAGUUCGUGGCAGAGUCACACAUUAUUCUGGUACUAAAUGCUGCUAUCACCAUGGGGAUGGUUCUUCUAAAUGAAGCAGCAACAUCCAAGGGAGAUGUUGGAAAAAGACGGAUAAUUUGCCUAGUGGGAUUAGGCCUGGUGGUCUUCUUCUUCAGUUUUCUACUUUCAAUAUUUCGUUCCAAAUACCAUGGCUAUCCUUACAGGCUGCCACAUGAGGACAAAGGGAGAACCCCGUGAUGAAGGAGGAGGAUUGGAAGGAUGCAUCUCUAUGCUGUGAAUGUCAAAGAUCACUAUCCAAUGACCAGAAUUUAGGAAGGGACAAGGCAAGAUUCCCCUGAAGAUUUCAGAGGGAAAUGGCCCUGCCUACAUCUUGAUUUUGGACUUCUAACCCUUGGAGCAUGAGACCAUGAACUUCUAAUUUAUGUUACCUAAUUUGUGGUGUUUUAUUACAUGAACCCUAGAAAAUUGAUACAGUGGGCAAAGGACCUGAGUAAACAUUAGGGCUAAGAUAUACGAAUGGCCAACACACACAGGAAAAGAUGCUUUUAUUGCCUGUAGUUCCUAGGAGAGACCACUCAAAAUCACAGUGAAACACCACUUCACAUCCACCAGAUGGCCAUCAUCUAAAAAUAAAAAAUACAUGUCCUCAAGGAUGGGGAAAAAUGGGAACCCUAAUACAUUGCUGAUGAGAAUGUCUACUAAAUAAACUACUUUGGGAAAAGUUUAAUUUAAACACAAUUGUCACACAACCCAGCAAUUUCACUCCUGGGUAUAUAACCCCCUCCCCGCCAAAACUGAAAACAAAAGUUCAAACAAAAAUGUGUACAUGAAUGUAUAUAGCAGCACUAUUUAUCACUGUCAACAUAUGGGACAACUCAAAUAGUCAUAGAGUGAUAAAUGGAUAAGCAAAAUGGGUAUAUCCAUACAAUGAAACAUUGCCUAGCCAUAAAAAUAAUGAAUUGAUACAUGUUACAUGUAUGAACCUCGAAACAUGCUAAGUGACAGAAUCCAGACACAAAAUGUCACAUAUUAUAAUGUAGCAGGAUUCUCUCACAGAGAGAUGGGACAUCAAGACCCUUCUUUCCAGGAAGCAGCUUUAUUUGUGCCGGCACAGGCUCACUGGGCUAAGACCCCAAAAAGGCUGAGCCCCAAGCACAGCGGGGUGUAGACUUUUGUGCAAUUUCUACUUCUUUGUCUCCCAUACAUGGUGACACAUAUAGUCUGAUCGGAUACAGUCCAAGUUACGGAGUAAUGUCAGAGCUAUGCAUACGUGUAUGGGAGUUGAUUGGGGCACGUUGCCUUUCUUUGUUCUGUGGAGUCUUCCACCAUAUCACUUAGGGAGGGGCUCUACCACAGUAAGAUUACAUUUAUAUGAAAUCCCCAUUAUAGGAGAAUCUAGAGAUAGAAAGAAGAUUAGUGGCUGCCAGGGGCCAGAGGAAGGAGGAAGAUGCGGGGUGACUAUGUCAUGGGUUCAGGGUUUCCUUCUGAGGUGACAAAAGUUCUAUAUGUAUAUAAAUGACUAUACAUGCACACACACAAACACGCACACAUAAAUAAACACAACACCCAUACUGGUGAAAGGCAACAUUUAAUCCUUUUAAAGAAGGGAGUCAUUACCUCUGAAUGUGUCUCUCCCCAUUGUAUUGUGCCUCUGUGUAGGAGAAAAGAGGUUGACUGGUAAGGAAAGCAAGACAAAAUGAGCAAAAACCAAGAUAAACCAAUGCAGAAAAAAGAAAUCCAAUUAAAUGACGGGCUGGGGGUGGGGGGGGGGAUGAAAUUAAUCAAUGGUUUUUCAAUCCUUAAGUUUUACUGAAUGAGUUUUAGGUACAGAAAAGAUGUGCUUAUCUAAUUCAGUGCUUUUCAAAUGCAUAGCACUUUCCAUGUGGUAAAGCACUUUUAGCUUAUCACUAUGCAAAGGACAGUAGCCUUGAAGAAUAUCUUAACUGGUGAUUGCUUUUCUAUCAGCAGCUUUUCAGUCAAUUAUGAAACAAGAUUCACCCUAAUUUUUUUUUUUUUUUUAAUUUCUGGUGCUUCAUUUUCACCUAGGAUCACUUUUUUUUUUUUUCUGUGACCCUCAGGAAAGAAGACAUAUCUAUGUUUAGUCUGUAUUUUCAGAUUUAUUUAUUAAAGGAGAAAUAUUCUUAACAUGUAAACACAUGACCUACCAUUCCUUUGGUAGCAUUAUACCUAAGGAACACUCGUUUUUGAAACAUUUUCAAUACUUGACAUGUCAAUAUGGUGUUUUUCAAGUCUAGUCCUAUUAUAUCUCAAAAUUAAGGUCUUUGAUUCAUUUAUCAUGUACAGUUAUUCCUAUUUGUAAGUUUCAACACAGCUUUUCAGACUUCUCGGUAUUACCAUGCUUUAGUGUUUAAGAAAUAUUAAAGUUUAGAAUUAUGGUGUUAGAUCAAUUCUUAGAUCUCAUAAAUGUUUAACAUGUGGACAUUUUUGCCUUAUCCUUAUUACCUAUAAUUGGCAGUGAGCUAUAUUAUCUUUUAAUUAUUACUUCGCAAAUGGUUUUACAUUCUACCAUUGCAAAAUACUGAAGAUUUUAAAGCCUUUUUUUGAUAUUGUAUAUUUGGCCCUUGAACAACAGGAGCAUUGGAAUGCCAACUCUAACACAGUUGAAAAUCUGCAUAUAACUUUGGCUCCUCCCCCCCCCCCCCCCAAUUAACCACUUAUCGCCUACUGUUGACCUGAAGCCUUACUGAUAUCCAUUAACAUAUAUUGAGUAUUUGUAUUAAGUACUGUGUUCUUACAAUAAAGCUGGCGGGGGGGGGGGGGGGGGGGGGGGGGGAGGGGUUAAAAUCCUAAGAGAAAAUACAUUUUAGGACUGUAUUUAUUGAAAAAAUUUCACACAUUAGUGGACCUGUGUAAGCCCAUGUUUCAAGGAUCAAUUGUAAUCAUUUUAACUGACGUGUUCCAAAGAGUCUAUAAAUCUCUGUAGGACAAUACCUUUUACUAUUAUGUGAAAAAGGCAGAGGAACAAGGUGAAAAAAACAUGAGGCUGAAGUGUAACACUGAAGUUGUAUUUUUAUGGUCAUUAAAAAAAUCUAACUUCUGAGCUUU